GUGUUGCAGCUUUUCUCUCCGUGUGGAGCUCCACUGAAGGACCCAUCAGAGACCAGACCCUGCUGAACCUGAACCUGAACCCAUGAAGAGUGUCUGGUCAAUGGAGACAUCACAACUUUAAAAAAAGAACCGUAAGCGAGAGGAGAAUAGAAAUGGAGGAGAGGCUAGGUGAAAUCAAGGAGAAAGGAUUGAUGGAAAGACUUGAAUGGCAGAAGGAGAGAAUAGCAAUGGAAAGGGAAAUUGAAAUGCUAAGAAGAAGAUUGAGGACACAGCAGAGACCAGAGUCUCCUGAACCUGAACCUGAACCUGAACCCAGCUGUGUGUCCUUUAAGAGCGACCGGUCACAGGGACGCUUUAUUAACUUUAAAGGAGACCAACCCUCUGCUGAAAAGCGGAUCCAUCAAAGACCAGGCUCGGCUGAACCUGAACCCAGCUGUGUGUCCUUCAAGAGUGACCGAUCACAAAAACGCUUUAUUACCUUUAAAGGUCAACAACCCUCUGCUGAAAAGAGAGUGGACCAGGAGAACUCAGAGGUUCCCAGUGGUCAGUCUGCCCAGCAGCAUCAAACACACCUGGACUCCAUAUUUAUGCUGUUGGAGGAGAAAAUCGUCACUUUUGUGAAGAACGAGCUGAAGAAGAUCCAGAAGGUUCUGAAUCCAGAUUACCCAGAAUGCUUAGAGAGUCAGAGGGAGGAGGAGGAUGAGGAUGAAGAGCAUAAAAGCAGCAGAGAGGCAUUUCUGAAGAUCACACUGCACUUCCUGAGGAGAAUCAAGCAGUACGAGCUGGCUGAUCGUCUGCAGAGCAGAAGUUUUGCUGGAGUUUGUAAACGUAAACUCAAGACUAACCUAAACAAGAAGUUACAGUGUGUUUUUGAGGGGAUUGCUAAAGCAGGAAACCCAACCCUUCUGAAUCAGAUGUUCACAGAGAUCUACAUCAUGGAGGGAGGGACUGCAGAGGUCAAUGAUGAACAUGAGGUAAGACAGAUUCAAACAGCGUCCAGAAAAACAGACACACCAGAAACAACAAUCAGACAAGAAGACAUCUUUAAAGCCCAACCUGGAAGAGAUGAACCAAUCAGAACAGUGAUGACAACGGGAGUGGCUGGCAUCGGGAAAACAGUCUUAACACAGAAGUUCACUCUGGACUGGGCAGAAGACAAAGCCAACCAGGACAUCCAGUUCAUAUUUCCAUUUACUUUCAGAGAGCUGAAUGUGCUGAAAGAGAAAAAGUACAGCUUGGUGGAACUUGUUGAUCACUUCUUCAGUGGAACCAAAGAAGCAGGAAUCUGCAGGUUUGAAGAGUUCCCGGUUGUGUUCAUCUUUGACGGUCUGGAUGAGUGUCGACUUCCUCUGGACUUCCUCAACACUGAGAUCCUGACUGAUGUUACAGAGUCCACCUCAGUAGGUGUGCUGCUGACAAACCUCAUCAGAGGGAAUCUGCUUCCCUCUGCUCGCCUCUGGAUUACCACACGACCUGCUGCAGCCAAUCAGAUCCCUCCUGAGUGUGUUCACAUGGUGACAGAGGUCAGAGGGUUCACUGACCCACAGAAGGAGGAGUACUUUAGGAAGCGAUCCAGAGACAAGAAGCAGGCAAGCAGAAUCAUCUCCCACAUCAAGACAUCACGAAGCCUCCACAUCAUGUGCCACAUCCCAGUCUUCUGCUGGAUCACUGCUACAGUUCUGGAGGACGUGUUGAAGACCAGAGAGGUACAAGAGCUGCCUAAGACCCUGACUGAGAUGUACAUCCACUUCCUGGUGGUUCAGUCUAAAGUGAAGAACAUUAAGUAUGAUGGAAAAUCUGAGACGGAUCAACACUGGAGUCCAGAGAGCAGGAUGAUGAUUGAGUCUCUGGGAAAACUGGCUUUUGAGCAGCUGCAAAAAGGCAACCUGAUCUUCUAUGAAUCAGACCUGACAGAGUGUGGCAUCGAUAUCACAGCAGCCUCAGUGUACUCUGGAGUGUUCACACAGAUCUUUAAAGAGGAGAGAGGACUGUACCAGGACAAUGUGUUCUGCUUUGUCCACCUGAGUGUUCAGGAGUUCCUGGCUGCUAUUCAUGUUCAUCUGACAUUCAUCAACUCAGGAGUCAACCUUCUGUCAGAAGACAAAACAACAUCUAGGCGAAAUAAUCCCUUCAGAGUCAAACCUGAAGUUAAAUUUCUCCAUCAGAGUGCUGUGGACAAGGCCUUACAGAGUCCAAAUGGACAUCUGGACCUGUUCCUCCGCUUCCUCCUGGGUCUUUCACUGCAGACCAAUCAGAAUCUCCUACGAGGUCUGAUGACACAGACAGGAAGUAGAUCAGAGACCUAUCAGGAAGCAGUUGAGUACAUCAAGACAAAGAUCAGUGAUGAUCUGUCUUCAGAGAGAAGCAUCAAUCUGUUCCACUGUCUGAAUGAACUGAAUGAUCGUUCUCUAGUGGAGGAGAUCCAACGGUUCCUGAAUUCAGGAAGUCUCUUCACAGAUAAACUGUCUCCUGCUCAGUGGUCAGCUCUGGUCUUCAUCUUACUGUCAUCUGAAAAAGAUCUGGACGUGUUUGACCUGAAGAAAUACUCUGCUUCAGAGAAGGCUUUUCUGAGGCUGCUGCCAGUGGUCAAAGCCUCCAACAAAGCUCUACUGAGUGGCUGUAACCUGUCAGAGAGAAGCUGUGAAAAUCUCUCCUCAGUUCUCAGCUCCCAGUCCUCUAGUCUGAGAGAGCUGGACCUGAGUAACACUGACCUGCAGGAUUCAGGAGGGAAGCUGAUCUCUAUUGGACUGAAGAGUCCACACUGCACACUGGAGACUCUCAGACUGAAUGGCUGUAACCUGUCAGAGAGAAGCUGUGAAGAUCUGUCCUCAGUUCUCAGCUCCCAGUCCUCUAGUCUGAGAGAACUGGACCUGAGUAAAAAUUACCUGCAGGAUUCAGGAGGGAAACUGAUCUCUGUUGGACUGAAGAGUCCACACUGCACACUGGAGAUUCUCAGACUGAAUGGCUGUAACCUGUCAGAGAGAAGCUGUGAAGAUCUGUCCUCAGUUCUCAGCUCCCAGUCCUCUAGUCUGAGAGAGCUGGACCUGAGUAACAAUGACCUGCAGGAUUCAGGAGGGAAGCUGAUCUCUGUUGGACUGAAGAGUCAACACUGCAAACUGGAGACUCUCAGACUGAAUGGCUGUAACCUGUCAGAGAGAAGCUGUGAAGCUUUGUCCUCAGUUCUCAGCUCCCAGUCCUCUAGUCUGAGAGAGCUGGACCUGAGUAACAAUGACCUGCAGGAUUCAGGAGGGAAGCUGAUCGCUGAUGGAAUGAAGAGUCCACACUGCACACUGGAGACUCUCAGUCUGUCAGGCUGUCUGAUCUCAGAGGAAGGCAGUUCUUCUCUGGCCUCAGCUCUGAGCUCCAACCACUCCCAUCUGAGAGUGCUGGACCUGAGUUACAAUCAUCCAGGAGACUCAGGAGUGAAGCUACUGUCAGCGGGAAUGGAGGAUCCAAACUGGAGACUGGACACUCUCAGGGUGGAGCCUGCUGGAGUCAGAUAUUUGACACCAGGUCCAUGGAGAUGUAAGUGUGUUUUUAAUUUCAUUCAUCAAACUGUGACAUCACUCAUUCAACCCUCUCUGGACACAAACACAGUGAACAGAGAACUCAAACUGUCUGACAACAACAGGAAGGUGACACGUGGGGAGUAUCAGCCAUAUCCUGAUCAUCCAGAGAGGUUUGACUGUCCUCAGCUGCUGUGUAGAGAUGGUCUGACUGGUCGCUGUUACUGGGAGGUCGAGAGGAGAGGAAGGGUUGAUAUAUCAGUGAGUUACAGAGGAAUCGGGAGGAGAGGAGACAGUAGAGACUGUUGGUUUGGAUAUAAUGAUCAGUCCUGGAGUCUGAGCUGCUAUGAUGGUCGUUACUCUGUCAGUCACAAUAACAGAGUAACAUCCAUCUCCUCCUCCUCUGUCUCUGGUAGAGUAGCAGACAUCUCCUCCUCCUCUGUCUCUGGUAGAGUAGCAGGUAGAGUAGCAGUGUAUGUGGACUGUCCUGCUGGCUCUCUGUCCUUCUACACAGUCUCCUCUGACUCACUGAUCCACCUCCACACCUUCAACACCACAUUCACUCAGCCUCUCUAUCCUGGGUUUGGGUUCUGGUUUCCUGGUUCCUCAGUGUCUCUGAGUCCUGUGUAGGACGGAGAGUCUCCUCCUGUUUCUCACUGCUGAUCAGUUGAGUCUUUACAGGAUCACACUUACAGAAAUAUUUCAGGUUAUUGUUAUGAACUAAUGAAUGAACUUUGUAUAAAAUAAUUCAGAAUGAUUGAACAGAUUCCUGGUGAACAUUGUAAACUUGUUCCACUUCCAGUCCUUUAAAGAUGGAAGCUGUGAUCAUGAAAUUGUAGAAAUGCCGUUGACUUGUGUCAUGUUUAGUUUGGAGUUCUGUCUCUUUUCACAAUAAAAGCAUAAAGUUACUGUAA